AUGACUUUCCAAACGAACUGCCUGGGUACAGACAAGGCAGUGUACACCUGGACGGCUCUCGCCAGCUUGCCUUGUUAUCCACAACUCGACGAGGCCAGCUGCCAGAAGAAGGCGAACUAUACGAACGCCCACUAUAUGUGCAGGAGAAGAGGCUACAACUUGGUUGACUUUCAUGCCUUCACCUGGCUAGCGCUUGGAGUGCGCUACUGCAUGGAAGCAUUGCUCAACGAGAUGAUAGCGAGCAGUUACAGCAGCCCUAUCACAAUAUGGACAUCGUACAAGAGGAAAGGCCAGUAUACCACCAUUUACAAGCAGGGCAAGAACGGCUUAGGAGAAGAAUCACAUGAUAGACAUGGAACAAGCCAUCAUGAUGUCAUCUGCGAAGCCAAGUGGAUCCACAUCAACGAUUCAGUAUACGCCGCUGCAACACCAGCACUCACAACCAUUAUCACUGAGCAGUUUGCAGAGGAGGCAUGUCAGCAGUACGGACUUCACCUCAUAAACGAGGACUGGCUGCGAACACAUCACAAUGCAUUACUUCGAACGCCCUGGCUAAACAAGUUGGGUAUUCUUCAUAAGCGUUGGAACGCACCUUUCCACGUGAAACCAAUCCGGGUGAACGGCCGCUCCCUUUACAGAACCGUAACAUUUGAAAACAUUAGACAUUGGCAUUGGUUUUCGCAUUUUUUUUAUUCAAGACGGCCAAUAACUAUGAAUUAUGAAGACACCACAAGCACUACGCGAGCCCGAAUCCUCUGUGUCAAGUUCUGUGAGAGCGGUGUUCUUGCGCCAAACCUGACUUGUAUGUGUAACCGUACAACAUCGUAUGGAGAAUAUUGUGAAAAGGCGUGCAAGUGUUUGAACCAGGGUCAGUGUGACGACAAGGGUAAAUGCACCUGCCCGGAGGGAGUCAGGGGGAACCAUUGCCAUUACGGUAAGUAG